CCAACCCACCCCCCCGCCGCUAUAAGAGCGCCCGGCUCGGGCUGGGGGGAGCCACUGCGGCGGCUCCUCCUCGCUGGAAGCCCCGAAGCUUUUGGCUGCCCUUUGAAGUCAGAGAAGGAAGGAAGGAGGGAGGGAGCGAGCGAGCGUCUGGGGCUGCUGCUGCCGCUCCGACCUGCUGCUGCUGCCUCCGCUACCUCCCGGCCCCGGAGCAUCCUCCCCUAUCCCGCAGCCCGGCCCCGCCGCCUCCAGCACGCAGCUCUCCCCGAGUCUGGGAUAAACCCUGAGCGAGCUCUGUUACUGGCUUGGAGUCAGGAGUGUCUGGAAGCCUUAAUGAAAACCAAGUGCAAGGAUGAAGAUAUUUAAGUGGAGGUGGAGCAGCAUCUCCAUCCGGGCACGAUCCCAGCUGAAAGGCACCUUGGCUCUUCUCCUCGUGGGCAACGUUGCCUUUGUGAUAGCUCAGGACCUGACACAGACCUCCAACAGCCUGGAGGAAGGGGCAGAUGUCACUGCAUACUGGUGGGGAGAGUGGACCAAGUGGACAGCUUGUACCAGGACCUGUGGAGGAGGAGUGAAGUCCCAGGAGAGGCACUGCCUGAGGCAGAGAAGGAAGUCAGUGAGUGGGCUGGCUAAUAAAACCUGCACUGGAACAUCCAAAAGAUACCAGCUCUGCAAAGUACAGGAGUGCCCCGCCAACGGGAGGAGCUUUCGGGAGGAGCAGUGCUCAUCCUUCAACUCCCACGUGUACAACGGCAGGACCUAUCAAUGGAAACCUUUAUACCCUGAUGACUAUGUUCACAUUUCUAGCAAGCCCUGUGACCUCCAUUGCACCACGGUGGAUGGUCAGAGACAGUUAAUGGUUGAGGCUCGGGAUGGAACAUCCUGCAAAUACACUGAUUUCCGAGGGGUUUGCGUGUCUGGAAAAUGUGAGCCCAUCGGCUGUGACGGGAUCCUCUUCUCCACCCACACCCUGGACAAGUGCGGGGUCUGCCAAGGGGACGGCAGCAGCUGCACGCACGUCACCGGCACCUACCGCAAGGGCAACGCCCAGCUGGGCUAUUCCCUGGUAACUCACAUUCCUGCCGGAGCAAGGGACAUCCAGAUCGUGGAACGCAAGAAGUCUGCAGAUGUCCUGGCUGUGGCUGAUGAAGCUGGCUACUACUUCUUCAAUGGGAACUACAAAGUUGACAGCCCCAAGAACUUCAACAUCGCAGGCACGGUGUUCAAGUACCGCCGGCCCAUGGAUGUCUACGAGACAGGCAUCGAGUACAUCGUGGCCCAGGGACCGACCAACCAAGGCCUGAACAUCAUGGUCUGGAAUCAGAAUGGCAAGAACCCAUCCAUCACCUUUGAGUACACCCUCCUCAGGAAGCCACACUCCAAAAACCUGCAGCCCAUCUACUACACCUUCUCUGAGUCCGAGAGCGAGGAAAGCAGGGAGUUUGAUGGGGAUGUGCCCCUGGGCUUCAUCCAGCACAAUGCAACCUACUUUGGGAAGCUCUCCAGGGAAAGGAUGGACUUGGAGAACCAGGUGUUUGGGAGGCAGGACACCGAGGAAGAGUUAAACUUGAGCAAAGGUCAGGAAACCAAUGAGGUCUAUGAAAGAGCUGAAACAAUUGACUGUGAGCCAAAACUGAAGGGCAAACAACCCCAAGAUUCAAACGUAACCAGGUCUACUUACCAGACAGACCAUGACGAGAGGGAGCUGGAGCCCAGGCUCCCCCCCAGGGAGUUCCUCCUGGAGAAUGCCAUCACGGACAAGCUGCUGGAGAAGGCCUCGGACUCCAAGGAGCUGCUGCUCAACGUCACCAUGAACAGCAUCUUUGCCCAGGGGGACCCAAUCAGCCCUGUGGGGCCACACAUUGACAGCCUCUACGUUGACUACGAGGACGCUGACGGCUUGGUGACCUACACCGUCAACGGCACUUACCUGGAGCUGAGCAACAGCAGAGCCACCAACGGCUCGGUGGAGGUGCCCUUCCCAAAUGCCACUGUCACCAUCACCAGCCCCCAAGGGAACAGGACCCACAAAGCAAGAAACAGAUUGAAGUUGUUAAGAAAGGGCCAAGGUGUGAGUGCUGCUGACAUGUACAGGUGGAAGCUUUCCUCCCAUGAACCCUGCAGCUCUACAUGCACCACAGGAGUGAUGUCCACAUAUGCGAUGUGUGUUCGCUAUGAUGGGAUCGAAGUGGAUGAUACCUACUGUGAUGCCAUGACCCGCCCCGAGCCCAUCCAUGAGUUCUGUGCUGGGAGAGAGUGCCAGCCAAGGUGGGAGACCAGCAGCUGGAGCGAGUGCUCGCGGACCUGCGGGGAGGGCUACCAGUUCCGCAUCGUGCGCUGCUGGAAGAUGAUCUCCCCGGGCUUCGACAGCUCCGUCUACAGCGACCUCUGCGAGUCCGCAGACAUCGCCCGGCCCGACGAGCGCAAGGUCUGCAAGAACCCAGCCUGUGGGCCCCAGUGGGAGAUGUCAGAGUGGUCAGAGUGCUCGGCGCGGUGCGGCGAGCGGAGCGUGGUGACGAGGGACAUCCGCUGCUCGGAGGAGGAGAAGCUGUGCGACGCCAGCGCCCGGCCCCUGGCCGAGAAGAACUGCACCGGGCCCCCCUGCGACCGCCAGUGGACCGUCUCCGACUGGGGACCGUGCAGCGGGGGCUGCGGGCAGGGCAGGAUGAUUCGCCACGUCUACUGCAAGACCAGCGACGGGCGGGUGGUGCCCGAGUCCCAGUGCCACCUGGAGAGCAAGCCCCUGGCCAUCCACCCCUGCGGGGACAAGAACUGCCCCUCGCACUGGCUGGCGCAGGACUGGGAGCGGUGCAACACGACGUGCGGCCGCGGCGUGAAGAAGAGGAUUGUGCUCUGCCUGGAGAUCGUCAACGGCAAGAUCAAGACUCGCAGCCCUGCCGACUGCGACGUGGCCAAGAAGCCUGUGGAGGAGACAACCUGUUUUGAGAGGCCCUGCUUCAAGUGGUACACCACCCCCUGGUCCGAGUGCACAAAGACCUGCGGCAUCGGCGUGCGGAUGCGGGACGUGAAGUGCUACCAAGGCAAGGACAUCGUCCGGGGCUGCGACCCCCUGGUGAAGCCGGUGGGCAAGCAGACCUGUGACCUUCAGCCCUGCCCCACGGAGCCCCCAGAUGACAGCUGCCAAGACCAGGCAGGAACCAACUGUGCUUUGGCCAUCAAAGUCAACCUGUGCAGCCACUGGUACUACAGCAAAGCCUGCUGCCGCUCCUGCCGUGCGCCCCACUCCUAGUGCCCACCGGCACCCCUGGGCUGCACCUCCCCUGCCCAGGGCUCCUUCUGCCCUUUAGUAAGCACCACAGCUCCCACAGGCUGAUGUUCAGGAUCUUCUGGGCUUGGUUUUGGGGGGGGAUUUGUUGUUCUUUUUUUUCCAUUCCCACCAAUGCAGAACUGCUCUCCUUGUCCCUCCCUGCUGCAGGGGAAGGUUGCUGGCGCCGUUGCCAGCCUGUUCCCCCUGCACCUCCCCUACCAGAGCUUGUAGAUAAACUCCUGGAUAUUUGAGUUCCCCCUCCCUCCUCCUUGUGGUUCACAAAGCCUUCUCCUUCAUUUUCUACUCUGCUCUGGUGAGACUUCACCUGGAGUGCUGUGUCCAGCUCUGGAGCCCCCAGCACCGGGACGUGGACCUGCUGGAGUGGGUCCAGGGGAGGCCACGAAGCUGAUGAGAGGGCUGGAGAAGCUCUCUCCUCUGAGGACAGGCUGGGAGAG